AUGUGGACCAUUGCUCUCGUUCUUUGUUUGGGAAAUAUUCUCAUCGGAGGAGAGGCCGGUGAUCAGCAUUCAGAGCCGUUGCCUGUAAUUGAACUCUCUGAAACGGUCUCCCCUGGUCUUUUAAUACUGGAAAAACAGAAAUCCAACAGCUCAAUUCAUCCACCCCAAGUAGCCAGACCAAAAACACUGCACCCUCCCAUGUGCUUGGAGUCCGCUGGGAUCAGAGUUGCCUUCAAAUAUGUCCAUACAGUGGUCUCUGUUGUUGUUUUUGUCGCUGGAAUAGUGGGAAAUUCAGCUUUGCUGAACAUCAUAUAUGUAAACAAAUGCAUGAGAAGUGGCCCAAAUAUUCUCAUUGCGAGUCUUGCUCUGGGGGAUUUAAUCCACAUUGUGGUGGACAUUCCAAUCAACGCAUACAGGCUCAUGGCAGAAGAUUGGCCAUUUGGUUUGGUGCUGUGCAAACUCGUCCCCUUCAUACAGAAAACCUCUGUUGGAAUUACUGUGUUGAGCUUAUGUGCUCUGAGUGUUGACAGAUACCGAGCUGUAGUAUCCUGGAAUCGAAUCAAAGGCAUCGGGGUUUCUGCGUGGACAGCAAUCGAAAUAACUCUGAUAUGGGUUAUUUCUAUCCUGCUGGCAGUGCCUGAAGUUGUCGGCUUUGAUAUGAUAACAAUGGACUAUAAGGACAAGCAUCUGAGAAUAUGUCUGCUUCAUCCCAUGCAAACCUCACCAUUCAUGCAGUUUUAUAAAUCAGUAAAGGACUGGUGGCUCUUUGGCUUCUACUUUUGCAUGCCACUGGCUUGGACCGCCAUCUUCUACACGCUCAUGAUCAGGAAAAUGCUGAAGAAUACUGAGAAUACAUUAAGCGACCACACCAAGCAGAGACGAGAAAUCGCAAAAAACGUCUUCUGCCUGGUGAUCGUGUUUGCACUUUGCUGGUUACCUUUGUACCUAAGCAGAAUCUUGAAAUCAACCAUAUAUGAUGAGAAAGACCCCAACAGGUGUCAACUACUGAGUGUCUUUCUUGUCCUAGACUAUUUUGGCAUUAAUAUGGCAUCGCUCAACUCGUGCAUCAACCCUAUUGCAUUGUACAUAGUCAGCAAGAGAUUUAAAAGAUGUUUCAAGGCAUGUCUGUGCAGUCGGUGUCUACCUCUUCAAGCUGUUACCCAUGACGAGUCUGUUUUGAAGUCCAGAAUGCAGGAUCAAGCCUCAGAGCAGAGCUGCAGCAUCAAAGCUCCCAAGCCGACUUCCACACCCCUACCUGGGCACGAGAACACCUUACUGUGUUAACAAAACUCAGUGAAAAUACUUUGUGAGUUCUUUAGUCUUUCCUUCUCAAAAAUAUAUAGGGCUAUCAAAGCGGGUACCUAAGCAGCUCUAUCGGUAGCCCAGCAACCGUGACAUACCGUCCUAAUAAUAUAAAAUACCUUGUGAAUAACAGGCAGCACUGUCUUUUGUACUGCUGUCGUCAGUGGAACAUCUGCUUUGGUAUGAGCAACCUGGAGUCAGACUGUUCAGACUAUUUGCCCCGGGGGCUUGACUCACUCCCAACCAUUACAUCAGAUUUUACCUAGUACCUAUCCUGUAUCAUGCAUCACAGUUCUCAAAUCACUGUUUUGGGCACGAUGUUAACCUGGCAGCCAUCAACAGAAAUCUUGUCACGGCUUACCGCCUGCAUAUGUAUUAUUCCGAUUCUGUUUCUGGAUUCUGGAAAGACAGCGUGCCAUACGAAAUCAAGCAAAUGGGAAUUCAAAAUUAUCACGGUGGGUUUUAUGGGGUACGGUGUAUUAUUAGCACAUAAAAUGCAUGUUUUCAUCUCUGUUGAGUUUCCCCGUAUACACAAGGAGUUUAUAGUGUUUCUUUCGUUCUUGAACCUUGAGAGAAAAAUCAAAU